AUGAUCUAUCCAACCCUGCCCACCGCCAUCCUUACCAUCCUCCUACUCCCCACUCUCCUCUCAGCAUCGCCUCUCCACAAACGUGACACAGCCGAACAAUACAAAUUCGCCAACUGCAUCAACAACGUAACCCUGGCCGCCUACUCCGCAAUCUUCUAUUACUAUCCAGAUUUCCUACCCGACUUCCCCUCCCCCCAAGCCACCGCCUCCGUCAACGCCCUCUCCGCCUCGCCCUUCUACGGGCAGACAACGACAGUCAGCACGCCCUUCACCCUCAAGGCCACGAUCCCAGCCAACGCAUCCACAGCCGCAGUCGGCACGCUAGUGUCCACGGACGCGAGUGCGAGUUCGUAUGCGGGACCUAUGGCUGUGAUUAAGGGGAGUGGACUGGUGUUCUAUUCUCCAGAGGACAAUGUGAAUUGCUACGAGGAAUAUUGGCAGCGAGAUAAUGAGAGUGUUGAUAAUUAG